AUGCCUAUCUUUGACAGUUUCUCCAAAAUCUUCGCCAGUCUUUCUCCGCAUCGCCCGCGUCACCGUCAGGCCGACGAUCGCCAAUCUUUGCGAACUCGGACUCAGCACCGCCAUUCACCCUCAUACGAUCGCAACCGCUCUCUUGCUCAGAGCCGCGAGGUCUCCCUUUCUUCGUCCCAAGGAGAUUUUACGACAAAUCAGCAGAAUCACUUCUCUUUACUCUCCGAAGACGAGGACGACCAAGACAAUCGACUACAAGAAUCUCCGCGCGAUACUGCUGCGCUCCCGCAGCUCUCCGGCUUUGCGUUUCCUGGAAUCCUGUUUCGCACCCAUCCUAUCCUGCCUUUGGAGACGACACGUUACUAG